UUGAAAAAUACGUUUUUUGUGGUUCGAAUUUUUGAAGUGUCGAGGAAAAAUGGAAGAGGCUGGUGAUCGUGAUAAUCAGAAUUUUCUGACAUCGUAACUCUUUCAUUGCGAGAAACGUCCCUUGAUUGAUUCAUUUAUUUUCUGUAGUUUGAAGGAAAAAGUGUUUUGUGGUUUAGUUUGAAGUGUCGGGAAAAAUGGAAGAAACUGGUGACCGUUUUGUGAUCGUGAUAAUCAGAAUUUACUGACCGCGUGACUCAUUUCAUUGCGACAAACGUCCUUUGAAUAUAUAUGUUUUGAUUCACCUUUAUUCUGUAGUUUGAAGGAGAAAGUGUUUUGUGAUUUGAAGGUUUGAAGUGUCGGCAAAAAUGGAAGAAACUGGUGAUCGUUUUGUGAUCGUGAUAAUAAGAAUUUUCUGACAGCGUGACUCAUUUCAUUGCGAGAAAAGUUCCUUUGAAUAUAUGUUUUCAGAGGUAUUGAUCUAUAUUUGAAAAUAUUGUGUAUAAUGGCUGAUUCACGUCUGAGAACCAUCAAAAUCAAAACCGGCGUGGUAAAAAGAUUGGCAAAAGAAAAAACUGUAUAUGAACUAGAAGCAGAUCAACAAAAAAACCGCAUUGAAAAACUGAAAGGUCAGGGCAAAGAUGAAUAUGAAAUAAAAAAGCAAGAAGAAGUUCUGAAUGAAUGCCAAAUGAUGGUUCCUGAUUGUCAACGUAGACUUGCAGUUGCUUUUGAAGAAUUGAAACAAAUCCUUGAAACUGAACAGGACUUAAAAGAGGAUGAAUCCUACUUAACUGCACAGAAAGUUUUGGAAGAAGCCAAGUUACAGUUGCCUAAGGCCAGUGAACUGCAUAUGUGUUAAUUUUGAAGUGUAUCUUUCAGUAAAGACAAAUACUAAAUUUUUAUAAUGAACUUUUUAAAAUAUCAAAACUUUUCUAAUCGUAGUGUUAAUCUUGAGGUGUCGGUUAUAACGGAUCCUAGGACUAAUAUUUUGCAAACGCUGUACAGUCAGUCCAAUGAUGAGCUGUGGAUAGAUUCAUGGCUGCAGCAAAAUAAUAUCUAUCACCCUAUUCCUAAAAUAAAGAUAAACAAAGCUGCCAAUGUGAUCUCUAUCAGUGAUGCCCAAUCUUCUCUCAAAGAAUGCCUCAUGCUCAUGGAGAAACUUACAAAAACCCAUAAAGAUUUACAUGAUAAUGUUGACAAAAUACCCUCUGAAGAAUGGAAGCAGAAAACUAUUGAAAUCGGCCUUAUAAAAGAUCAGUUUACCAAGCUCAUAUCAAAGUUUGAGAGCGGCGAAGCUGUUUUUGCUUUGAAGAAAGCCAUCGAUAAACGAAAGAAGAAAAGAUUAAAUCUGAAGAGAAAAAAAGAAUUCAGAAAACAAGAACUUCAGGAAAAAUUCCAAAACAGGGAGAAGUUACAUAAAACGAUUGAUCAGUGGUUGAGAACUAAGAUGGAAGAAGUGGACAAAGUGAAAAUGGAAGAGGCUAUGAAAAAAGAUGCUGACUGUGUAUUGGCUGAAGUUACAAAGAAAAAAUCAGAUGCCAGGAAGCAGUUAGCCUUAGUCGCUGCUUUAACAAAACUGCGAUCCAUUAGAGAUCAAAUCGCCACUCAAAGAGGGGAAAAACGAUCUCUGGAGGAUGAAAAUGCAUUUAAUAUAACAACAGCAAAGUUGAAAAAUAUGUGGGAGUCAUCUCUUAGAACGUACACCAUUGAGGAGCAAGGUUUGAAACUGAUGUUGGAGAAAACUGCUAGCGAGGAUUCCAAAACUGCUCGUGUGAAGAAAGAUCGCAAGCUAUUGGAGGAAUGGCACGAUAUACUUUUUGGACCUAGGCAGGUUAUACCGCCAGAGAAUGCCACCUAUUGGGCUCUUACGUCUGCUGAGAGGGACCUUGAUACAUUUAUUGCGAUAAGGAGGAGCUGGGAUACGUUUUUGGUUUCUCCCACAAAUGAAAUGGGUUCUAAAAUUCCUAUUGGGUGGGCUCUUCCAGAUGUUGAGGCUGAUGAAAAUUGGACUAAGUAUUUGGCAACUGUUUAAUUUAUUUUGAAUAUGUAUUUGCUUAUGUGCUUACUUUUUAAUAAAAUAUUUUUAGUAUUCCAUA